GCCAAUUCCCCAAUAGAGAAAUGGAGAAAGUGAGAUCAGAGCAAGAAAAGAGCAAAUCAGAUGAAUCCCUUAAACUCGCUGUCGCAAUGGCGAUCGUCCGAUCAAACCUCCUCCACAAAUCUCCCGCACCGCCACCUCAGCCUUCUUCCUCCGUUGAUGCUCUUAAAUGGAAACAGAAAGCAAAGGAGCGUAAACGAGAGAUUCUCAGACUCAAGGAAGAUCUCAAAGUAGCCGAAGAUGGUUCGCAGUGUGAUAUAUAUCCAAAAAGUGCAUCAUGCAAGUGUUAUUUCUUUGAUAAGUUGGGAUCUACGAGAAUAGGAGAUGGUUCUGAUCAACGGUUCAGUGAUGUGCUACGGAGAAGAUUUCUCAGACAAGUGAGGAUUAAGGAGAGAAAGACGAGAAGAACAGAUGAUUCCUUGCUUCAGCGAAUUUCAGAACGUGACAGUGAAAAUAAUGUUGAGCAACUGAGUGCUUCGGUGGAUUUUCUUUUGGAGCUUUGUGACACUAUUUCUCCUCAAAGUUUGGACGAGGGUAAUUUUAAGAACUGGUGCCACCAAGCUGUGGAUUUCAUCCUUGGUACACUUGCUACAAUGUCACCAAUGGAAAGGAAUGCAGAACCUGUGGAAGGCAUUAUCAACAGCCUAAUCAUGCGUUUAUUGAGAAGAAUGUGCAGUGCCUUGCAAGGAGAUGAAAAUCAUCACUUUGACACUGCUGUUCAGUUCUAUAUUCAACACCUGAUGCGUAAGAUCGGAAAUGAGGCUUUUGUCGGCCUGCGUCUAAUAUUUGCGGUUUCUCAAAGAAUUUCUGUAGUGGCAGAAAGUUUGCUUUUCAUGGAUCCAUUUGAUGUUGCCUAUCCAAGUAUGCAUAACUCUAUGUACAUGAUGAUUCAGCUUAUCGAAUUUCUGGUUUCAGAUUAUUUGUUAACCUGGUCAAACGCUGGAGAUUUCGACAUAAAGCUUUUUGAAGAAUGGGUUGGAUCAAUUCUCCACGGAAGAAAAGCAUUGGAACUACUGGAGAACAGGAAUUCUCUUUAUGUACUGUACAUAGAUCGUGUGAUCGGAGUUGUCACCAGACAAGUGGGACAGUUGUCAUUUCAGCAGAAGCUAAACCCACAGAUACUUGAGAACCUGUUUAGCUAAUCACAGCUUUUCCUUUGUGAAGAGUAAGUAACUUGCAUUGAACAAAAUUCUUCUUUUCUUGUGCAUAGAAAAUUCAGCUGUGUCAUCGCAAAUGCUUUGUUACUCAAAAUUCAAGAGUUAUCUAAUUGAUUCCCAGACUAUAACAGUUCCUUUUCAACUACACUCAAAGUUCACCUUGGAAGUUGAGCUCAAUGUUUUCCGUAUUUGUACUGAACUUCACGAUGACAACACUUAACAUUUUGUAACAGUCAUUUGUUCUACA